UAAACAACAGAGGAAUGACCCUACCUACCCUGCUUAGCCGCGAUAAGCGUCCACCACCUAACUUAGGUUAAAGGGCCCAGGAUUUAGCGCGGGUCGUGCUUGGCGUUCCACUCUUCUGGAUCCAUUGGCAUCAUGUUUUCUAUAUCAAUCAGCCCACAUCAUUGCAUCUAUUAUUAGCUUUGCUUGUUCGAAAGAAAUAGACAAAAUAUUGGUUUAAGAUGGUUCUUUCUUUCUUUCUUUCUAUUUCAUGGCUCCAGAUCUGUAAUUGAGCAUUAAGCCUAUCCUAUCACUUCCACAUCAAAAGGCGACGAUGUUCUCUACUGUGCAUAGUCUCUGGACGCAGGUAUUUCCUCCACGCCCCCUGUUCACGGAGAAAAACUUGCCGGACCUACAGGGAAAGGUCUAUAUCGUGACGGGGUCAAACACCGGAGUUGGCAAGGAACUGGCCCAAAUUCUUUUCUCCAAGAACGCAAAAGUCUACAUAGCAGCACGCUCAGAGGACAAGGCCAAUAACGCGAUCAAGGAGAUUCUAAAAGCCAACCCUGAUUCCACAGGAGAACUAACUUAUCUACCCCUCAACCUCAGCGAUCUAACAACUAUCAAAUCGUCCGCUGAAAGUUUCCUGUCCAAGGAGAACAAGCUACAUGUCCUCUUCAACAACGCUGGCGUCAUGACGCCGCCCAGGGGCUCCAAGACAGCCCAGGGUUACGAACUUCAACUAGGGGUCAACAACAUCGGCCCCUUCCUCUUCACAAAACUACUAACCCCAACACUCGUAUCCACAGCGAAGACGGAGCCGCCCAACACAGUCCGCGUGAUCUGGGUUUCCUCGAUCGCCAUGGAGACAGGCGCGCCAAAAUCAGUCGGCGUGCCACUAGACAAACUGGAUAAUCUCACCGACAGCAAAUCAUCGCAGUAUCUUAAUUACUCCAUCAGCAAGGCUGGGAAUUACCUGUAUGCCGCCGAGUUUGCGAAGCGAUAUCGCGCCGAUGGGGUUCUCAGCGUAGCGCUGAAUCCGGGGAAUCUUGCUUCGGAUCUCUCGCGGCAUCGAGCGUUUUUGUUCAAGGCGGUGACGCGCCCGAUGCUAUAUUCGCCUGUGCUUGGGGCUUAUACUGAGCUCUUCGCUGGGUUGUCUCCGGAUGUCACUGGCAAGGAGCCAGGUAAUUGGAUUAUACCAUGGGGACGGGUCGUUUCUGUUCGGAAAGAUUUGAUAGAAGCAACCAAAACUGAGGCAGAGGGAGGUAAUGGAACGGCGCUGAAGUUUUGGGAGUGGACUGAGAAGCAAAUUAAUCCUUAUCUUUAAGCCGCCCUUUUUCUCAUCCCUUCUUAUCUUUUCUUUUCCAUGUACUACUACUGUACGCGUACGUGUUGUAUACGCUUAUGAUGGGUGACUGAUCGUGCUGGGAGGUGUAUGCUGAAAAUGUUCAGUUGAAAUAGUAGGUGAAUAAGUAAGGUUAACUAGUGUGUAGUGUUCAAAGGUAUCAGGGCUCUCUGGGUAACAGACCAUUUUCUAUUGUGUCAAGAUGCAAGGGAAAUGCAGGGUCUAAGGGGAUUGAUGUGACGAGCUCAGCUGCAGCUUUAUUAGAAUCUCCAUUAUCAUCGUGUGAGUGGAAAUAAAGGCAGAUGUAUUUCCCAUCUUCCAUAUCCCUAAUCGACCUAGCUAUUAUUGGACGCCUUAAACGCCACCACGAUUAUUUACGAGUCCUGAAGCGAAUCAGCCUAAACAUCAGGCGCCCAAAAUAAAGACCGGAGCGAACUGUUGCCAGAAACAAAAAAUGAAAAAGACCUGGCAAAACCAGCGAUAAGGAAAUCAUAAACAGAACGAGAGUAAAAAAAAAAAAAAAAAAAAAAAAA